UAUAACUAUUCCUAGAAGUAGAAGACGCUGAAGUAUAACGCACCGAGCAAUCUAACUGACGAUGCACUUGCAGUCAGCUGUAUAAUUUGUGGAAAAAAAACGUCUUGAAAAUUUACGAACAAUGGCAGCUACUUUGACUAAAAAUUGGACAAAACUUCAGACCAUGCAGCAGAUGUUCCAGCAUCCUCCAAUUGUAAGACACACCACCCUUGCAGAUCGGAACUGGAGAAUUCGUCUGAGGAUUCCACCUUUAUCAAUUGGAGUAAGACAACUUUACUUGCGUCCGUCGGGCGUAAGGAGAGCGAGCAAUCCUCGCCUCGUGUCACAGAUUGUCUCGAGAACGAGAUGCUGCCAUCCGAGAUUCUUGAACCACGAGAGGAUGGGAGUUGUCCUCCAGAGAAGGCAUCUUGGGUCCGAGAGCAAAGAUGGUGAUGAUAAUGAGAACGCCAGGGGUACUGUAUCAGAGGCAUCAGGGGUCCGAGAAACUAGUGAGCCUCAAGAUCAAUCAGCCAAGUUGAAGGCAACCCAGCGAAUUCGAACCAUGCAUCGACUUCUUGAGGAAGCCCAAGUACAGGAACCGACGAAGGACUUUGACUUCUCAAACAUCCCUCAGCGCCGAGAAGAUCGACGUCGGCCGCAGAAGACAGAAAGACCACGGAUUGAUCCGAAAGAGAUGACUGUCUUUCUGUUCCCUGGACAAGGUUCUCAGUUUCAAGGCAUGGGGCGUCAGCUUUUGGCCUACCCCAACGUCCGGCAGAUGUUCAGCAUCGCGUCGGAUAUCCUCGGGUACGACCUGCUGGAUCUGUGUCUGAACGGAUCGCAGGAGGAGCUGAACCGCACCGUGCACAGCCAGCCAGCCGUCCUGGUGUGCUCGCUGGCUGCCGUGGAGAAACUCAAAGAGGAACAGCCGAAGGCCGUUGCAAAUUGCGUAGCUGCUUCUGGCUUCAGUGUCGGAGAGUUCUCCGCUUUGGUGUUCUCUGGCGCCCUCGCGUUCAAGGACGCCAUACAUCUGAUCAAAAUCCGCGCCGAGUCGAUGCAGCGAGCUUCCGAUCUGGUACCCAGCGGUAUGCUGUCCGUGAUUGGCCGGCCCGGUGUACGCUUCAAGAUGAUGUGUCGCGAGGCCAUGGAUACGUGCAUAAUAGACGGAGUCGAGGUACCAGUCUGCACCAUCGCAUCCCAUCUGUUCCCAGAGGCAAAGGUCUUAGCUGGACAUACAAAGGCCUUGGAUUACAUCCAAGAAAUGUCCCGUCACUACUCCUUACGCAAGGUCAAGCGCGUGCCGGUCAGUGGAGCGUUUCACUCCCCGCUCAUGGCCCCGGCCAGGGAGGCCUUCUACUCCGCGGUCGACCGCGUCCCCUUCGACACCCCCGUCAUUAAGGUCCACUCCAACGUCAACGGGAAGCAGUACCGUCACCCGAAGCACGUCCGCACGUUGCUGAAACGCCAACUCAUAGAACCCAUCCACUGGGAGCAGACCAUGCACGAGAUGUACCAGCGCAGCAAAGGGGCCGUCUUCCCCAAGACGUUUGAGGUGGGGCCGGGGAAACAACUCGGAGGUUUCUUACAGAGGAACAACCUCAAGGCAUUCCACUCCUACACAAAAGUCGAUGUGUGAUGUGCAAACGGCGACGGGUUUUGUCAAAAACUCUGAGCAUGUUUAAGGCAGAACAGUGCUUAACCCACAGUAAAUGGUAUUUGUGAUCACUUUCAAAAGACCCCAAUGCAUCCAUCCAAAUCUUAUGUAUCCAUCAUCAAGUAACGAUCCAGGAGAUUUAAGACUAGGAGUUUUUGGAUCAUUUCUCUGAAUUGGUUGGAUGGCUCUGUCACGGACAUUACACUUUUGUAAUGCUGGAAUUGCCUUGGACUAGUAUUGCCUUCUAGGGGUUCCGUGCACAAGUACUCCUCCAACUGCCAGAAAAGGAGAGUUGGGGGUGACCUAGACUGGUUUCCAGUCCAUCCACUGCGUAUUUCGAAUGAUCGAAAGUUAUUGGGGGCGGGGAUAAGUCUGGGAGACCAUCGCAAGUUAAAUUGGAACGUAUUCGCGCGCCGACGAUGCCUGAUGCACACGCGAAGCCACUGUUGCUAUAGCUUAGGCACAUUCAGGAAGUCGUGCGUACUUUGCGCGCGAACCAGUACAUUACAGUACACAUUACAGUCCCGUCCACCGAUUUCUCAAAAGUGUUAAAAACGCGCCCUCUUUGUUGGUGCACGGAGCCCAUUCAGGACGAAUCUACCCAGGUUUGUUGCAUGGCUAGACAUGUACAUAAUGUACAUCAGCAAGCAAGGACCAAGAAGAUAUGUGAUGACGUUUUGACCACCCCUUUACUCCAGACGUUCGUACAUUUAACUUUCAAAUAUAAUAGAGGCAAAGCUGUAGACUAAGUCGUUGUACUACAUGUAUACAUUUAUUAAUCUAUAUAAGAUAUUGUCAGCUGAUGUUAAUAUGAAACCGUAACUAUUUUUAUUCCAUGUGAUAUACUGUGGCUGAAAUUUUUGGCUUAACUUUAGAUUUCAAAUAAUUUUCCAGUUUUUUCAAGGCUGUUAUUGUGAGGCUGAAUUUUUUGUCCUGGCAUAGAAAAAUGUGAACUGAUUUUGUAGUUCUUAUCAUACACAACUCUUACAUGCGCACACAAGUUUAAAUAUAGUGGAAUGGUUGGGCAGACUUUGCAUCUUGUCACUAGGCUGCAGGGAGCAAUACUUACAGGAAUCAAAAACAUUUUGACAAUAACAAGUACCAAGUGGUACAACCCAUGGCGGUUCCACGAACAGUACAACCGCGAAUUUGGCAAUGCAAUGGGGCGUGAUCUAAUAUGCAAAUUAGACGCAUGCGCAUCAGUGUCACAAAGCUGUCAUACAACCAACAAACCAAGCAACCCGCCCACUCGCCAACCAACCAAGCAACAUAAGCAGCUCAAGCCCAUGGCGUGUUUCAAACCGCCGUGAAAAAAAAGUCCACUGCCGCGGGAAAAAGUCCCCAGUUUCUGGCACAGAUAUAAAUAUUUAUUACGCUCAGGUUUUUAAGUAGUUCAUCAGAGCUGGAACCUAUGUUAAGAAAGCGUCCAAAUGCUGUUGAAAGUUAUUAAAAGUAACAGGUAAAUUGUUGUCAUACUAAAUGAGCGUGCUCAUGUUGUGUA